UAUUCUUCUUAUUCAAGGCCAGUGAUGUUUCCUUUUUCUUCUUCUUCUUCUUUCUUCUAUGAACAACAACAUCAAACAUCUAUGUCUUUGUCCAUGUCUAUGUCCAUGGCAUGUGGACCCAACAUGAGUGCUCCAACAACAACCUUUGCAACUCAUCAACAACAAGACAUGAUGCUAAUGAAUUGGGCAUCAUCGUUUUCUUCACAUCCUCUCAUGCCUCCUUUUCUUUCUUCUUCUUCUUCAUCUUCGUCGUCUUUAUCACAAUCUUGUUCUUCUUCUUCUUUGAGGCCUUCUUAUUUUCCAACCACUACUCCCUUUCAUCAUCACUUCCCUCCUCCUCAUCAAUUUGAUGUGGCUGGACCAAGCAGCUCUCAAGAUUUCACUUCUUCAACAGUUAGAGUUGUUGAUCCUCCAAGAAGACCUCAUUCUGGAAUUUGGUUCAUGCUUCAAGCUGAACAAAACCAAGUUAGAGAACCAUUUUUACCUCAAAUAGCUAAGAGCUACCUUAGAAUCAAAGAUGGAAGGAUGACAGUUCGGUUGCUAAUGAAAUAUCUAGUUAGCAAACUCAGGCUCCAAAUGGAAUCAGAGAUAGAGAUAACAUGCAGAGGACAGAAACUUUUACCAUUCUUAACGUUGCAGCAUGUGAGGGAUAACAUUUGGACUCAGAGGGACACUACCAACACAACAACAACAACAACAUCAACACCUUUGCUUUCAGAUUCAUCAACCACAGAUCAUGUCAUGGUUCUCCAUUACAGUAGAACCAAUGCUUAAUCACAACUCAUCACUUUAAUUUUAUUGUAUCCUUGUUAUUAACUUAUCUAAACCAUUUCUUUUCUUUUCUUUUCUUUUUUUACUUGUUCUUUUAUUUUUACUUUUCCAAUUUUUCUAUUCUAAUGGGUUUUGAUUAUUAUUAAAUUUUUUUUUGCUUCCUUUAAAAAAAAAAAAAUCCCCCCUUAUUGAUGACAUGAAUUAGGGUUUUGCGGUGGCAAGUACUAUUAUUGUUGCCCAUACAUUUUUAUUCUCAUAUAUAUUAUGAGGUGGGUGGGGAAUUAUUAUUACCAUCAUCAACUGUAUUAUCAACAACAAAAAC